AUGGGUCACGCCGCAGGUCUCAGAGCUGGUACCAGAUACGCCUUCUCGCGCGACUUCAAGAAGAAGGCAAGCACACCGACCGAUCCUCCGAGCCACGCAGAGCACGACAACUAA